GCACGAAAGCAGCGCCAGGAGCAGCGGCAGCAGCAGGGCCGGUCACCCUCGCCCCCUCCCUGCUCCUGUGCACGCCAGUGCAAGCCAUGUCCUAUCCUCAGGGUUACCUCUACCAGCCCCCCGGCUCGCUGGCUCUGUACUCCUGCCCGGCGUACGGGGCGUCGGCGCUGGCGGCCCCCAGGAGCGAGGAGCUGGCCAGGUCUUCGUCGGGAUCGGCGUUCAGCCCUUACCCGGGAUCGGCAGCUUUCACCGCCCAGGCGGCGGCCACAGGCUUCACCAGCCCGCUCCAGUACUCCACAGACCCCGCCAAGAUAUUCCCCUCCUACAUGGGCUCCCCUUACGACGCCCAUACGACGGGGAUGACCGGAGCCAUCAGCUACCACCCGUACGGCAGCCCUGCCUACCCCUACCAGCUCAACGACCCCGCGUACAGGAAAAACGCCACCCGCGACGCCACGGCCACGCUGAAGGCCUGGCUGCAGGAGCACCGCAAGAACCCCUACCCCACCAAGGGCGAGAAGAUCAUGCUGGCCAUCAUCACCAAGAUGACCCUCACCCAGGUCUCCACCUGGUUCGCCAACGCCCGCCGGCGGCUCAAGAAGGAGAACAAGAUGACCUGGGCCCCGCGGAACAAGAGCGAGGACGAGGACGAUGACGAAGGCGAUGGCGCGAGGAGUAAGGAGGAGAGUCCCGAGAAGAUGCCCGAGAGCAAUGAAACCUCCGCGGAGGACGAAGGGAUCAGCUUGCAAGUGGACUCGCUGACGGACCACUCCUGCUCCGCCGAAUCGGACGGCGAGAAGCUGCCCUGCCGAGCGGGAGACCCCCUCUGCGAGUCGGGCUCGGAGUGCAAGGACAAGUACGAGGACAUCGAGGAGGAGGAAGAGGACGAGGAGGAGGACGAGGAGGAGGACAUCGAGGAGGACGACGGCGGCGGCGGGGAGCGCGACGGGGCGGCCAAGCCCGCCACCUCGUCGCCGCUGGCGGCCGUGGAGGCCCCGCUCCUCGGCCACCCGCACGCCGACGCCGCCCGCAGCGCUGGCAAGGCGGCGCUGGGGCCCCGCGCCUCCCCCGGGCCCCCGACGCCGGCCAGCAAGCCCAAACUCUGGUCUCUGGCCGAAAUCGCCACCUCGGACCUCAAGAGUCAGACCCUGGGCCAGGGCUGCCAGCCUGCCCCGCUCUCCUCGGCCACCCCCGCCUCCGCCCCGCACAGCGCUGCCUACUCGCCCUCCUCCCUCCUGGGGAGGCAUAUUUAUUACACCUCACCUUUUUAUAGCAAUUAUACAAACUAUGGGAACUUUAACGCUCUGCAGAGCCAGGGAAUCCUGAGAUACAACUCCGCAGCAGUGGCUUCAAACGAGGGACUAAGUCAGACUGUCCUAAAUGCCAGCUCUGUCCACAAACAGAGCAGUGACUCUUUGAAAACGAUCACUAACCAGCUAGAACAGCAUUACAGGCCCUCUAGCUAUGACUCUAAGAAAGAUCCCACUGAAGUCUGCACAGUAGGAGUACAACCAUACCUAUAGAAGUGCAAUCACACAGCAAUGCAAGUAGGUGUCACAAUUGCUUUGAAAAAAGUCAGCAAGCCAUCAUCUCUCCCCGAGCUAAUAUAUAUAACAAAUCUCUAAAUCCGGAUCACAUCUGGUGCCACUGUAUAAAAGAAGACCACAGAGCACUAUUAAAUCUCCAGAAUCUAAUUAUUAAACCAGAAUUUUGUUGGACAUAUGUGAGUUUGCUGGUAUAGUAUAGUUUCCCCAAUGUAUGUGUGACUUUUGAAAACAGAUCUGUUUUUCUCAGGAUAUCUUGAAUUGAUCACUUCAUUGCCACGGUAUCUAUUCGAUAGGUGUGAUAGGAUUUAUUGUAAAAUUUAUUUGUAAAAGAUGUAUACAGUAGAGAAAAUAAAGACGUGAUUGGAGAACUGAGUCCUUACAAAGUGGAAACAAAUUUGAUAUUUAUUUUUGUAACGAUAUAAAGCUUCUAGUAAUUUAUGCAAGUUGUAUUGCAAUGAAAUCUGAACUUUUUGUAAAUAAAUUUUGCCUGGUUUUUAUUUGAAACGUUGAUGGUU